CCUUGGAGCCAGGUGACUGGAUUGAAACCUCUACAAACUAUCUAAGAAAGCUGGACAUGGUGAAAAGCAAGAGGACCAAAGACCAGGAGCUGGAAGCUGCAGGCCGAAGCCCAGACAGAUAGACACCCUUGCUCUUCGCCGUGGUCCCUGAGGCAUUUGCUCCAGUGCUGGGAAGCUGACUGACACCCUAGGAAGGACCAGCUUGGGGAGGCAAGCGUCCCCCAGAAGGAGGUUCAGGGUGAAAGCCUUGAUGGACUCUAAAGAUCCCCAUGUACCAGGCUGCCUGUCCCAACAUGCCGAUCAAAGAGACAGGAAGGAGCCUCGAUCAUCAUGGCAACGUGAAAAACAGAGGCCUCACCUGGUGGCUGGGCCCCAGUUUCUGAGCUUCCUGAAGCAACACUGUCCCAUCACUGUGGAGACUUUCUACCCCACAUUAUGGUGUUUUGAGGGACGGCUGCAAACCAUCUUUCGUGUCUUUGUGCAGUCCCAGCCACUAGUCUCUUACUGGAGUGAAGUCCUCCAAACCCCAGAUGGGGGCCAGUUCCUGCUAGACUGGGCCGAGCAGCCCAACAACAGUCACUACUCUGACCCCACCACUCAGCCCAUUGUGCUGCUGCUUCCUGGCAUUAGUGGCAACAGCCAGGAGACUUACAUCUUGCACCUGGUUGACCAAGCCUUGAGGGAUGGCUACAGGGCUGCUGUAUUUAAUAACCGAGGCUGCCGUGGGGAAGAGCUGCUGACCCACAGGGCUUAUUGUGCCACCUAUACUGAAGAUCUAGAGAUGGCCGUGAACCACAUAAAGCACCGCUACCCUCAAGCUCCACUGCUGGCCGUGGGCAUCUCUUUCGGAGGGAUACUGUUGCUGAACUACCUGGCACAGAGCGGGAAGGCUGCAGGGCUGGUGGCAGGACUGACUCUGUCUGUGUGCUGGGAUUCCUUCGAGACGGCCCGCUCCCUGGAGACCCCCUUGAACUCGCUGCUCUUCAACAAGCGCAUCACUGCUGCGCUCUGCCGGUUUGUGGACAGAAACAGAAAGACGAUUGGGAAGUUGGUGGAUGUAGACUUUGUCCUGCAGGCCCGCACAAUCCGCCAGCUUGAUGCGCGCUACACAUCUGUAGCCUUUGGGUAUCAAGAUUGGGUUGCCUACUACCAAGCAUCAAGCCCCAAACACAAGGUAGAUGCCAUCCAGCUCCCUGUGCUCUGCCUCAAUGCAGCAGAUGACCCCUUCUCCCCAGUCCAUGCCUUUCCCCUACAGGCUGCCCAACACUCUGCCCAUGUUGCUCUGCUCAUCACAGCUCGUGGUGGUCACAUCGGCUUCCUGGAAGGGCUGCUGCCCUGGCAGCACUGUUACAUGAGCCGCCUCUUGCACCAGUAUGCCAGAGCCAUCUUCCAGCACCCAGAGGAGCUGCUCGCCUCUGGGGACAGAAAGAGCUGACAAGUGUACCAUUUGGGGUCUCAGCUCAGUUUUCCCUUGUUUAUUAAAUA